UUGUUCAAUCGAUCAUUAUUAUAAUGUCAGACAUCAUAUUUUUUUAUUUGUGGCAACUCUAACGCAAAGUACAUUUGCCGUGGGACUGUAGUAUUUUUCGAAAUAAAUUGGUAAAUUAACGCUAGAAAAUGUUAUCGCGCGUAGCUUUGCGUUCAGCUGCGGCAAAACAGUCCACAUGCACAGCCCUGGUUGCUCGCACAUCCGCGACCGACGUGUCGGGAGUGCGCGAUGAGAAGAACUUCCCCAGGCCUGUGAGAGGAGAGCCCGGCAAAGUCAGGCUUGGAUUUGUACCUGAAGAAUGGUUCCAAUUCUUCCACUCCAAGACCGGUGUGACUGGUCCGUACACAUUCGGUGUGGGUCUCGCCACUUACCUGUGCAGCAAGGAGAUCUUCAUCAUGGAGCAUGAAUACUACUCCGGUCUCUCCAUCCUCCUCAUGGUUUACUACGCCUCCACAAAGUUCGGACCCAAACUGGCUGCAUGGUUGGACAAGGAAGUUGAUUCAGUAGAAAACGAAUGGAAUUCCGGCCGUAAUGAAUCAAUCAAGUCUUUGGAGGACGCCAUCCAAGACGAAAAGACGGCUCAAUGGCGCGCCCAGGGUCAGGAGCUGCUCAUUGAAGCCAAGAAGGAGAAUGUGUUGCUGCAGCUCGAGGCUGCUUACAGGGAGAGGAUGAUGCAGGCUUACAUGGAGGUGAAACGCCGCCUGGACUACCAGCUGGAGAAGGCGAACGUGGAACGCCGCCUGUCCCAGAAGCACAUGGUCGACUGGAUAGUGAGCAACGUGACCAAGGCCAUCACCCCCGACCAGGAGAAGCAGGCCCUGGACCGCUGCAUCGCCGACCUCGCCGCCAUCGCCGGAAGGAAGUAGAUUGUGUAGAUAUUUAUGUAAUUAAUGUAAUAAAUCGCUGAGAGUAUCAA